AUGUUUCGUUCCGGUCCCUUGAUUGCGGUUUUCGUCGCUACAAUUUCCAUCCUCAUCAUCAUCUAUUCACCAGCACACAACUACAUCACUCAGAUCCAGCAACUUACAACCAACCUGAUUUUCACAAACAAAACCACAACCAACAUAGAAACACCCCAAAGCCACAUGAACAACGCUGCAAAGAUCAUGUCCAAGUCUCUCCGUCAAGCCAAGAUCACUCCCCACCGCUCCAGCAGCAGGGGACAUGGCGACCACGGCUGGUUGAACACAUACCAUAGUUUCUCUUUUGCCGACUGGUACAACCCGAAAUUCACACACUUUGGCUCUCUCCGUGUUCUCAAUGAGGAUCGUGUAACCGCCAAUUCGGGCUUCCCUACCCACCCUCAUCGGGACUUUGAGAUCUUCAGCUACAUCAUUGGAGGAGAGCUCACUCACCGAGACUCAAUGCUCACCAAGGGCAAGGAGGGAGGGCAGUCCGACAAGUUCUUCCGCAUGAAGCGUGGCGAUGUUCAGUUCACUACUGGCGGCACUGGCAUUGCUCACUCUGAAUUCAACGAGCACAAGUCCGAUACUGUUCACUUUCUCCAGAUCUGGGCCAUCCCCUGGAAGCGUGGACUUCAACCAAAGUACCAUACCCGAAGUUAUAGCGAUGAGUCCAAGAGACUGGGUUUUGUCAAGAUCCUGAGUCCUCUCAAGGGAGGCGAAGAGGCUACCGCCCAGCAAGAGAAGGACGCCGAGCCUGUCAUUCCUGACACCAUCCCUAUCCAUGCCGACUUUGUCAUGGCCGCUGGUAUCAUUGAGCCAACCAAGAAGUUUGAAUGGACCGUUGGAGGAGGUGGUACUGAGGAAACCAAGAGAAAGGUCUACGUGCACGUACCUAUGACCAAGGGAGGAAAGGCCAAGAUCCGCCUGGAUGGCCGGGAGGAUGCCGAGCUUUUCGAGGGUGAUGGCGCCUUUGUUGAGGGUGUCAACGCUGGUGACAAGCUUGCCUUUGAAAGCAUUGGCGAGGUCGAGGCGGAGGUUGUCGUUUUGGAUACUGCUUAA